CUUUGUGGUGAUGCUCAUACUUCACUGUUGCGGACAACUAAAACUUGUCGAGCUGUCAUUGACCCAAUUGGGGAUAAAUUACGUGAAAAAUGGGCAGAGCUUUCAGGUUGUCCUCAGGCACAUAGUGAAGAAGCAUCAGUCGGUGUGUCAGUUUGUCAAGAGCCUCGAAAAAUUAUUCAACUUUCCGUGGUUCGUUGAAUUAGUUGGCUGCACUUUGAUGUUUUGUUUUCAGGGGUACAAUGUGUUGAAGCUUCUUCAUGCUGAUGGGUCUGGUGUCUUCCAAAUAGGUUUCAUCAUUUUCUCCACGUUUGGUAUUUUAAUACAAUUUUUACUUAACUGCUGGGCUGGGGAGUGUCUCAUAUCGCAGAGUUCGAAAAUUGGAUACGCUUUUUACACCAGUCAAUGGUACACCUUGCGUCCUUCAGAUGCUCGUUCCCUGAUGAUGAUGGGGUUUCAGAAAACACGACCCCUCACUCUCACCACCUGGAAAUUUUCCGUUCUCUCCAUCAGGCUUUUUCUCCGGGUAAUGAAAACUUCGCUCAGCUAUCUGUCAGUGUUAUUAGUGAUGACAGAUUUUUAAAAAUAAAUAUUAACGAGAGAAGGAGGAUUACCUGCCGCAAAUUUCCUAAAUUGAACGCGUAAAAUUGAUUUCCGAUAAAAUAAAAUUUUAUUUGUCGAUGACUGUU